AUGGAGCCGGGAGCGGGAGCGGGAUCGGGAGCGGGAUCGGGGUCGGGAUCGGGAUCGGGAUGGAGAUCGGCACCGACAGCGGCAGCGGAGCGCUGGGCCGGCACCGCCUGCGUGGUGAGCGGCGCUUCCCGUGGCUUCGGGCGCAGCCUGGCGCGGCUCCUGGCCCCGCAGCUCGGGCCCGGCUCGGUGCUGCUGCUGCUGGCCCGGUCCGCGGAGCCGCUGGCCGGGCUGGCGGCCGAGCUGCGCUCCGGGAGCUGCUCCGAGCUGCGGGUGCAGUGCGUGCCCGCUGACCUGGGCUGCGAGGAGGGGCUGCGGAGGGCGGGCGCUGCCCUGCGGGAGCUGCUGCGGGACCCGUCCUUCGGCCGCCUGCUCCUGGUCAACAACGCCGGCUCCUUGGGCGACAUUUCCAAAUCCUUCCUGGACCUCACCGACCUGGAGGAGAUCAACACCUACUUCUCCUUCAACAUCAGCUCGGCGCUGUGGCUGACCUCCACGGCCCUGCAGGCCUUUGGGGCUCGGCCAGGCUGCAGCAGGAGCGUGGUGAACAUCUCCUCGCUGUGUGCCCUGGAGCCCUUCCCCAGCUGGGCUCUGUACUGUGCUGGGAAGGCCGCCCGGGACAUGAUGUUCCGCGUGCUGGCGCUGGAGGAGCCCGGGAUCCGCGUGCUCAACUACGCCCCGGGGCCUCUGGACACAGACAUGCAGCUCCUGGCCCGGACCAGGACUGGAGACCCCGGGAUGCGCCAGCACUUCCAGAAGCUGCAGGAGAAGGGGCAGCUCAUCGACAGCUCCGUGUCAGCCCAGAAGCUGCUCCGGCUCCUGCAGGAGGAUUCCUUUCCCUCCGGAGCACACGUGGAUUUCUACGACAUCUGACUUCCUCCACCUUUGCCUUCCUGCUUUGCUUCCAGCUGAGCCUUUUCCUGGUGCCUCCAGCAGGACCUUGUUCAAAUCCUGGGAUUUGGGAAGCUUUGAAGACGCCUCUGUGUGCCUUGUAAACACCCCUGGUGCCCUUCUGGGGCUGGGGGCAGCUCCUGCUGCUGAGCCUCGCUGGCAGGAGCUGGAAUCCCUCAGCUCCUGGGGAUCAGGAGGGAUCAGGAGGGAUCAGGAGAGAUCCCUCAGCCACCCCUGGAGCAGAGGUGAUUUCCCCAUGGGACAGCCCUGGGAGGUUCAGGGUGCUCUUGGCUCGCAGUUCUCUGGGUUAAGCUGCAGCAAAGCCUCUCCCGGUGGUUUUUUCCACAAAGACCGGUAAUCACCAGGAGAGGGAGCUGGCCUUGGAGGAGUUGGGAAUUUUGGGAGCCUGGCUGGCAUCAGCAGCUCACAGAAAGUUGGUCAGAGCAAAGACACAGCCCUGAGUUCCUGUCCUGCUCCUGUUGCAGGUUUUGUGUCCAAGCCUCUCUUUGGGGCUUCAGCCCCUUCCUUUUAAUCAUUUGUGGAGUUUUUUGUCAUUUUUCCCGUCAGAUUCCAGCAGGCACAGACACACAGAGACUUUUCUCCUGGAAAGCUGAUGCAGAAAAGUUCUUUUGAAGUCCAGUGCACGCCGUGUGUGCCCUGGAAAUGCCCAGUGCCCCUCUGUGCCCCCUCCACCCCAACCCUGCAGCUCAGAUUUUGCACCCCUGGCUCUCCAAGCAUUUAAAGUUCUAAAAUCAUUAAA